AAAACAUGAGCUAGGAGAGGCUUCUCAAGACGAUUCUGCCUUCUCAGAAAUCUUUAUUCUUUUUUUGUUGAGAAGCUAGGUGUUUGCCAUUUUAAAAUUUCUUGUUUUAUUUAAAAGGAAACCAGUGAGUUGAAAAUGAGACUAAAUAUCGCCAUCUUCUUUGGGGCUCUCUUUGGUGCUUUAGGGGUUUUACUCUUUUUGGUGGCGUUUGGAUCGGACUAUUGGCUUCUUGUGACGGAAGUGGGGAAGUGUUCAGGUGAACAGAAUAUAGAGAACGUGACUUUCCACCACGAGGGGUUCUUCUGGAGAUGCUGGUUCAGUGGGAUUGCGGAGGAAAGCCAGCCCGAUCUCUGGACGUUCUGGUACGGCAACCAGCCGGCAUCCAAGACCUGCACACAUGCUUACCUGUCGCCAUACCCUUUCAUGAGAGGCGAGCACAACGCCACCGCCUAUGACUCUGCGGUCAUUUACCGUGGUUUCUGGGCUGUCCUCAUGCUCCUGGGGGUAGUCGCUGUCGUGACCGCGAGUUUCCUGAUCAUCUGUGCAGCCCCCUUCGCCAGCCACAUUCUCUACAAGGUCGGCGGGAGCUCAUAUAUUGCUGCAGGCAUCCUGUUUUCCCUGGUGGUGAUCCUGUACGUCAUCUGGGUCCAGGCAGUGGCUGACAUGGAAAGCUACACCAACACGAAAACGGAAGACUGCUUGGAUUUCACACCUUCUGUCCUGUACGGCUGGUCGUUUUUCCUGGCCCCAGCCGGGGUGUUCUUUUCUUUGCUCUCUGGGUUACUAUUCCUAGUUGUUGGGCGGCAUAUUCAGCUACACCACUAACCACACUGUUGCCACCGGUGUUUUCUUAAGAAGUUUGAAAACAGCAUAUUUUAUUUUAAUUUGCUCCAGUGAUCCUAGCAGAGAAUUAGUUGAUGUGACUUCUUAGUUGCUAUUUCAAUUAGCCAUUUCACUUGUGAUUUUCUCUAAUAAGAGGGUUCUGGAAUCUCUUCAGACACCAACAUGUUUUCAUCUUUUAAGUGCCACCCAGAACCUGGUUCUUCAGGAAGCAGGUAACAAGGCCUCCUUCAUUGCUCUUGCUAGAGUUCCCACGGGUUGCAGACAUUAAAGGCAGAAUAGCAGCAUAAUACCAUGUGCUGGGGCAACCAAAAUUUGAUUUGAAGCCUCCUUCUUGGCAUUCACUUCUGUUGCUACUUAAAAAACAUCUUUGGAAAGUGAUUAAGAAUGAAAAACAAAAAACAAAAAAACAAACAAAAUUAAUGAAAAACAAGUAUCAGAGAAUUUACUCCAUUUCUUCUCUACACAUGUACAUAUCCGUGUCUAUGUUCACUGACUCCUUUGAGCAAAUUAUUCAUUAUUUAAAUUAUUCAUUAUUUAGAUAGCAGUUAUUCUUGUAGUAGGAGCCGCACAAACAUAUCAGUUAAAAUUGGCCACGCAAAACCGAGAAUGUCCACUUUCCCCACAUUCUUAUCAACAGUUGAUUGGUUACACGACUUUAGAAUUUAACUGUGCAUGCUUACAUAACCUUGAGCUAUAUUUAAAAGUUGUAGCAAAUCUGUACACCAAAAUACAUAUAAUGCAGAUUGGAUUUUUAGAACUUAAAGUGGGUUAAUUGUAUAUUUAAUAGGGUUGAAAAUACACAAAAACCAAGAACCUUAGCUUACUACAUAAUUCUUUUUGAUAUUUAAAAACUCCCAUUUAAAAUUAUAUUGCUAAUAUGCUCAGCUUAUGAAAAUUUAUUGAUGAAAUGUGCUUUUAAUAUGCACAAAAUACUUCUAUAUGAGGAUGAUAAUAGAUUCACUUUAUUAAAGACUAUGAAGCUUUAACUUUUCCAAGAUUGUAUGGGUUGUAGUUCUUCUGAUCAUUUGAUUCCUUAAUUAUUGUCCCUCAAAUUUUUCAUCUUUACAACAACUAUUUUAACACUUACAAAUUUUCUAUUUCCUUUAACCUCUUCGAAGAAAACUUUUGCUUUAUUGCAAGGGGUGGCACCUGGGGUAUGGGUGGAGUGGGAGGGGAUGAUUCUGUAUUAUUGACGAGCAUAUACAUUUUGCAUAUCAAAGAUGUUUGUUUGGUACAGAUUGUGAAUGAAAUCAAGCCCAUCUGAGAAGCCUAGAUCUCGCAUUUUGGAAACCUCCCAUGGGAGGGUGUGCUAGUGAAGGCAUGGCUGGGAGCAUGGCAGUGACUUUGUCCCAGGGGCAGCGUUUUACUCCAGCUGCUGUGGAGGCAAGGCAGGGCUCAGCAGACUGCCCGACCGCACAGAGAUGCUGUGGGAUGGGGGUGCGGCACCUUCAUCAGCUGCCCAUGACGAGGACACUGCCCAGCCUUCGCCACACGUCUUGUGUUUUCCACUAACCUUGUCUCCGUGGGAGGGGUUUCCGGAGGAAUAGCAACGUCUGAGAUAUCUAUAGGAAAUGAGUGGCACUGUAGUGUUUGGGGACAGUUAGGACUUGCAUGUAGUAAAAAAACACACCAAAGAAACAAAAAUACAACAAAACUUCAGGAUUUUAACUGGUUUCUCAAGCCAUUUCAAUUAUAUCAUAAACAAUUUUGUGUAGUUUCAUUUGCCUUUUGUUUUACUUUGAUAUUGCUUCACUUAGUUCUUUGCUUUUGGCUUGAUGAUUAGAAAAAUAAUUAUGGGUUCUAUGCAGAUUGGUUGUGAUAUGAAAUUAUGGCAUGCCAGUAAGUUCUCCAGAUGAUGCUAGAUGUAUUUAUUAGUUCAUAUCAUCUGUAAGUACAAUUUCUUUCUGUAGAACUGUGGAAUAGAGCCCUUUUCUGUUGUAUUACAUGUCAUUUAGAUUUCACACACAAGCUGCUUUCAUUAAAGGAUUGAAUAUUUAUAAAUUUCA